AUGGGCGGCAAGCUCUUAACUAGAAGCGUAGGAAAACCGAAGGAUGUGAAGGAGGCACCCGAUUCUGAAACAAGCGGUCGGGGACCGAACACCAAGCAAAUGGACUGGUUGAAAGCGUGUCGCAAAGGCGACUUGGCAGAAUGCAAAAAGCUUCUGGAAGCAGAUACGGGGAUAUAUCACACUUCAUCUGGCAGCACAAAACCAGGAUCACGAAACUGUACGGUUGCUGAUAAGAGAGUUUGGUGA